GUUUUCAACUUUUUGUUUCCGUUAAUUAACAACACGCGCAGGGAAGCAACGCAGCAGCAGCAAAAGAGGCGAGCCUUUUCGCUCGUCGUCGCCACCACUACCGCGUCGUCUCGUCUCGCCUCGGCCUCCGCACGCGCGCGCGCGCGGGAUCUCGCGCUCGCCCCCACCGCUCGCGAGGUGCAUCCGCCCGCAGGGUUUGGGGCGGGGCGAUCCGGCGGCGAUGUCGAGCCGGGUGAAGGAGGACGAGAAGCACGAGCGGAUCAUACGCGGCCUACUCAAGCUGCCCGCCAACAAGCGGUGCAUCAACUGCAACAAUUUGGGACCACAAUAUGUCUGCACAAAUUUCUGGACCUUCGUUUGUACCAAUUGCAGUGGAGCGCAUCGGGAGUUCACGCAUCGAGUGAAAUCAGUUUCCAUGGCCAAAUUUACUGCACAAGAAGUUACUGCGCUUCAAGAAGGAGGAAAUGAGCGUGCCAGAGAAAUAUUUUUCAAGGAAUGGGAUCCUCACCGCAAUGCAUACCCUGAAAGCAGUAACUCUGAUAAAUUGAGAAAUUUCAUUAAGCAUGUUUAUGUGGAACGGAGAUACACAGGAGAAAGAAGUACUGAUAGGCCACCGAGGGGAAAGGAUGAUAAGGAUGAAUAUAGUGAAAAUAGGAGAUCUGAUGGAAAUUGGGGUGGUUCAAGAAGUCCACCAAAUGGAAGUUACUCUGACCGUCGGAGUUAUAGUGGACGAAGUGAUGACAGAAAUUCCAGAUAUUCCUAUGGCGACCGCAGCCCUGGCUAUGACCAAAAUGACUAUAAGAAAAGUCCCCGCUACUUUGAGGUUGUUGAUGAUAGAUCUGGAAAAACGACUCCAGUUCAAAGGUUUGAAGACCGCAGGUUUUCUGAACCAAGGAAGCCAGGUAGUGGGUCUCCAAACUUCCAGAAAGAAGCGGAUGGGUCUAGUCCUGUUGUACGGCCAAUGAGGGAUAUAUUGGGUGACGACGCUCCUCAACUUCGGGUUGGUGAACCUUCAAAGCCAGCUGCUGAACCUCCGAAGCCGAGUGUAGCAAGACCAAUUGAUCCUCCAAAGCCAAGUGUACCCAGAUCGAUUGAUCCGCCAAAGCCAAAUGGAACCAGGGCAAGUGAUCCUCCACCACUGACAAAGACAAUGUCUAGUGCCAGCAGUAUUGCUUCUUCUGAGGGGACUUCGGAACAAAUGAAGGUGUCAAGUGCAGUGAGUUUAAUUGAUUUUAGUGCAGAUCCUGAAUCUACUGCAUCUGGAGCACCACCACAACCGACCCCUACACCACUACAGCAUCCUGUUAAUGCACCGGCACCACAGCCUGUUCUUGAACAAGGGAAAAGUGCUCCAUCUGUGAGUGGUGGUGACUGGGCAUCUUUUGAUGCUUUUGGCCAACAACAAAUACCACAAACAGGUAGCAGUGCAAAUCCCCUUGAGUCUGCACUUGCGCAACUGUCAUUCUCCGAAACACCCUCCGCACCCAAUAUGUCGGCUUUUCCAGCUCUUGAUCCCAGUUUGAAAGCAAAUGAUGGAAGACAGUCAUCCAUGGUAGAUCAGUCGCAUUCCUCAUUGUUUGAUGUGCCCGUUGGAAUCUCAGGCAACCAGGCCUCAGCGGUAAUGUCCAUCCAAGGAUCUUCAGUUCAACAAUUUCCUCUAGCUGCCCCUGCAGCUGGACUUCCAUCUCAGGUCACUGCAAAUCCACAAGGAACCAGUGGUAUUCAAGGAUCAGCAUCUUCCACUGACAGUAAAUCCAUUGGUCGGAAAGAACUUCCAGCGGAUAUUUUUACUGCACUAUAUCCAACAGCAGCUCCAAUGAUGCCUGGUUGGCAGAGAGCUCCCCAAUUUGGAAUGGGAUACGCCAUGCAAUAUCCUGCUGGAAUGUUACAGGGAAUGCAAGCAUAUCCUCAGGGAGCAUUUCCUCAACCUACAUAUCAACAACCUGUAUAUCCGCAACAUGCAUAUCCCCAACCUGUGAAAGCUUCGAACCCUUUUGAUCUUGGGAAUGAACCGGCUCCAAUUCAAGCUCACAUGCCCCUAUCUGGGCCAUUGGGAGCAUCAGCAGGCACAGCUCCCCAAACCUUACUUGGCACCUCCAGUUUUGGCAUCCCCCCACAACAACCUCGCCAGCUGUAUCAGCCAGCUGCACCUCCAAGCCAUUUCAUGACGCAGCAAGUUCCAAACAGCAUGCCUGAGCAGCCACCUAAUAGCAUGCAUGCAACGCAACAAGGAGGUUUGGGUUCCUUCAACAUGGGUUUUGAUCAACAAGCUCCGAGAUACUCCCAGCCAAGAACUCCACCUUCCUAUGGCUCUGUUGGGGGCAACCCUUUUGGGUAAAAGAACAUCAAAUAUGGACAUACCAUAUAGCCUGCUCUUUUGGACUCUUGUGUCUUCAAACGAAGGGUUUGCAGCACUCAGCGAGACGGACGUGCAUGGAAACCCUCGAGAGAAUUUGUUUCAUAUAACUUCUUGUGUAUUUUUGUCGGCUGUAGUCUUUUGUACAACUUGUUUCCAAACUCCAAAGGGACAAUGAUCGAAUGUAACUCUAUUUCGGAGGGCGGUCUUUGUGCAUGUGUUCGUGCGUACAGCCCCAUUCCUUGUAUAUUUUGUGUUCGCAGCAUCCUGCCUGAAUUCCAUAGUAUGUAUAUAUUUUUUUUCUUCGUUUUGGACAUUGACAGUAGCCGAUCAUGUAUUCUAGCUCAGCUGGUUGUUUCUAGUGCUGUUGGCUAUUCAGUUUCAUGUGGACGAUAAUAUCGGACCGUGUACUCGAUGUGGUGUAUAAUUGUGAUCAAUCAAUUUUGUGGUUUUCUUUAUC